CUCCAUCCUCGCCUCUCUCCCUCUCUCCUCGCCCGCUGGGUGCUGAAGUUGGGCGGAUGGCAGCAAACCCGCUCCGCUAGAGGACCGAGCAGCCCAGCCUUGCGCCCCCGGACCCAUCGGUGCGCUGCCCACACCUCCAGGCGACGGGCCAGUUGGGUACUGAAGCAGCUGAAAUGCGAAAAAGACAGCAGUCACAAAAUGAAGGAACACCUGCUGUGUCCCAAGCGCCUGGAAACCAGAGGCCCAACAACACAUGUUGCUUUUGCUGGUGCUGUUGCUGCAGCUGCUCCUGCCUCACUGUUAGGAAUGAAGAAAGAGGAGAAAAUGCAGGAAGACCCACACAUACCACCAAAAUGGAGAGCAUCCAGGUCCUAGAGGAAAGCCAAAACCCCACUUCAGAUGAAGUGUUGUCCUGGUCUCAAAAUUUUGACAAGAUGAUGAAGGCCCCAGCAGGAAGAAACCUUUUCAGAGAGUUUCUCCGAACAGAAUACAGCGAAGAGAACCUACUUUUCUGGCUUGCGUGUGAAGACUUAAAGAAAGAGCAGAACAAAAAAGUAAUUGAAGAAAAGGCCAGAAUGAUAUAUGAAGAUUACAUUUCUAUACUAUCACCAAAAGAGGUCAGUCUCGAUUCUCGAGUUAGAGAGGUGAUCAAUAGAAAUCUGUUGGAUCCUAAUCCUCACAUGUAUGAAGAUGCCCAACUUCAGAUAUAUACCUUAAUGCACAGAGAUUCUUUUCCAAGGUUUUUGAACUCUCAAAUUUAUAAGUCAUUUGUUGAAAGUACUGCCAGUUCUACUUCUGAAUCUUAAUUUUCAUUAAAAAAAAAAAAAAAUCAUUUUGGAGGGCUGGGAUGGGAAAUAAAAGUAGUUCACUAACACCAGAAGCUGAGUUCCUGGAGAACUACAGUUUAGCAUUCCUCAGGCUACUGUGAAAAUACAACCAUAUGGUCUUUGUCUCCAUUUUUAUCAAGGUUAUCCAUGGUUAAGUUUGGAGAAAAUACCACAUAAGACAAUGAAUUGCCAAAUUGUUUGUUUUCUUCAACACUCAUUCUACUUGCAAGCAAACUGUAUUUGUAGUCCUGUGAACAGUCUCCUAGUGUAUCCCCCGAGGCUGCAUGUACAAAGUAGAGCUGCUUCAUUUGCCACGUAGCUGUUGUAAUAUUUAAUCCAAUGGCAUAACUUAUAUCCGUGUUUAAGGACUUUUGUGCAAUAUGGUCUUAUAGAAAUAAUUGCCAAAAAAUUGGCUGUGGUUUGCAUUUUUAAAUAUAAUCUAAGACAGAAAAAGCCAAUUUUUUAGUUGUAACAAUGGUAUUAAACAUGCUCUA